ACUGCUGAACCAACCACAACAACAACUGCUGCACCAACUACAACAACUGCUCCACCAACCACAACAACGGCUGCACCAACCACAACAACUGCUGCACCAACCACAACCACAACAACAACCGCUGAACCAACCACAACAACAACCACAACUGCUGAACCAACCACAACCACAACAACAACUGCUGCACCAACUACAACAACUGCUCCACCAACCACAACAACAACUGCUGCACCAACCACAACAACUACUGCUGCACCAACCACAACCCCAACUGCUGAACCAACCACAACAACAACUGCUACACCAAUCACAACUACAACAACAACUGCUGCACCAACUACAACAACUGCUCCACCAACCACAACAACAACUGGUGCACCAACCACAACAACUACUGCUGCACCAACCACAACCCCAACUGCUGCACCAACCACAACAACAACUGCUACACCAAUCACAACUACAACAACAACUGCUGAACCAACCACAACCACAACAACAACUGCUGCACCAACUACAACUACAACUACAGCAACAACUGCUGAACCAACCACAACCACAACAACAACUGCUCCACCAACUACAUCAACUGCUCCACCAACCACAACAACUACAGCUGCACCAACCACAACUACAACUGCUGCACCAACUACAACUGCUACACCAACAACAACCACAACAACAACUGCUGCACCAACCACAACAACUACACCUGCACCAACCAAAACUACAACUGCUGCACCAACUACAACAACUUCUCCACCAACCCCAACUACAACAACAACUGCUGAACCAACCCCAACAACAACUGCUGCACCAAAUAUAACAACUGCUCCACCAACCACAACAACUACAGCUGCACCAACCACAACAACAACUGCUGCACCAACUACAACAACACCUUCUCCACCAACCACAACCACAACAACCGCUGAACCAACCACAACAACUGCUCCACCAACCACAACUACAACAACAACUGCUGAACCAACCACAACUACAACCACAACUGCUGAACCAACUACAACUACAACAACAACUACUGAACCAACCACAACAACAACUGCUGCACCAACAACAACAACCGCUCCACCAACCACAACAACAACUGCACCAACCUCCACAACAACUGCUGCACCAACUACAACAACACCUUCUCCACCAACCACAACCACAACAACCACUGAACCAACCACAACAACUGCUCCACCAACCACAACUACAACAACAACUGCUGAACCAACCACAACUACAACCACAACUGCUGAACCAACUACAACACCUUCUCCACCAACCACAACCACAACAACCACUGAACCAACCACAACAACUGCUCCACCAACCACAACUACAACAACAACUACUGAACCAACUACAACUACAACAACAACUGCUGAACCAACCACAACAACAACUGCUCCAGCAAGUACAACAACUGCUGCACCAACCACAACAACUACAGCUGCACCAACCACAACCACAACGUCUGCACCAACUACAACAACACCUUCUCCACCAACUACAACAACAACAACCGCUCCAACAACUGCACCAACUACAACAACAACUGCUGCACCAACCACAACAACAACUGCUGAAUCAACCACAACUGCUGAACAAACCACAACAACAACUACCGCUCCACCAACCACAACAACAACUGCUCCAACAACCACAACUACAACAACAACCGCUGAAACAACCACAACUACAACCACAACUGCUGCACCAACUACAACAACUGCUGAACCAACCACAACAACAACAACAACUGCUCCACCAACUACAUCAACUGCUCCACCAACCACAACAACUACAGCUGCACCAACCACAACAACAACUGCUGCACCAAGUACAACAACAGCUCCACCAACCACAAAAACAAAUACUGCACCGACCCCAACUACAACAACAACCGCUGAACCAACCACAGCUACAACCACAACUGCUGCACCAAGUACAACCACAACAACAACUGCUGCACCAACCACAAGAACAACUCCUGCACCAACCACAAGAACAACUGCUGCACCAACCACAACAACUACUGCUGCACCAACUACAACAACUACUGCUGCACCAACUACAACAACACCUCGAGUUUUCUCUCCCGACUGCAGUCAAACCUCUUCGGUGUCAAACCUGCAGAGAUCAGACAUGUUCAAAGACAACAUCCCAGCAAUGUUCCUCAGAGACGAUGUGUAUAACAGCCUCCAUUCUAGGUCCUACUACUCCGGCAGAUAA